AUGUUGCAAUUACAAUUAGAGACUUGGGUUCUGUUAUUAAAAAUUGAGUUGGCCUUAUACUUUGUAGCUACAACGAUCAGUGUACUUGUUGUACCAAAAAUAAUCAAGUGGAAAUGGUUGACAAUGUACAGCGGUCACGGGGAUUCCAAGGAAAACAGUGCGCCUCGGGUUUUUUCAAAGCUACAGGUUCCUAAACACUGGUUCUGGCAUUUCUAUGCAUAUGGAUGUAUUCUCAUCGUGUGUUAUGUGUCCUUUGUGCUUUCGACUUCGUGGCAGGAUCCUGUACUCCAGGCAGCACAGACAGAGUUACUAAACAGUAAGAAAGCACAAGUUUCAUUGACUCUAUUUGGAAUUCACAUGCUACGUCGGUUGUAUGAAAGCCUUCGCUUUCGCAAUACUGGAUCAAAAAUGCAAAUAACACAUUACUUGUUGGGAUACUUUUUCUAUUCGCAUACUUUUCUAGCUAUUCUGGUUGCAUGUUUAGGGGAUUAUGAACAACAUGCAGGCUGGAAACAAGGAAUUGGACUGGGGUUGUAUGUCUUUGGAAGCGUGUGGCAGAAUGCGAGCCAUGAGCAUUUGAUUGCACAAAAACACCAGCGUUCCUAUCUACCUCUCCAGAAAAGUGGAUUUCGUUGGAUUGCUGGAGCUCAUUACUUUGGGGAAGUCAUUCUUUAUACCGGGUUCCUAUGCAUAAUCAACCACUGGAUCAUAUGGCUUGUCUACGGAUGGAUUUUGGUUAGCAUGACGAAUGUUGCAACAUCUUACUCGCAAACAUCGACACAAGCCUUCCAAAAAGUGAAAACUACCAAGAGCGGGCCAAAGUGGAUCCUUUUUCCUUUCCUUUAUUGA